AUGAGAGCCAACUUGAAUACUCGGACUGAUAUAUGCGCUCCCCUCGAGCGCCUCUACCGACAAAUUCGCGAUUUUGAUUCAGACUUUCCUACGACUGACGAUAUUCAGAGCUUUGACAGUCAAAUCAACAUUCGAGUUACUAAGGUAGAUAUAGCCGAAAACUCGAAUGGCACGCUUCAAUUUAAUCAGUGCUUCUUUCUACCACACCCAGAAAAUGUUUUCCGAGAAUAUCCUAUCAAUGUCAAAGAACACGAGGAAUACGGUGACGUUUUCGAGGAAGAUGAAUGUAAGCUUGAGGAUUUGACUACACAUUCCAAUGUCGGAAUACCUUACGAACUUGAGCCACCGGGCCCAUAUGAACGCCUUCAUGAAGCCGAUCAUAUACUCGAAUGUAUCGACUGGAAUCUCAAAUGUUAUAGAUAUCCAAAAGUUGACCCCCCUCCGGGUUAUCAUGGUUGUUUCAACCUUUUUGAGUUUAGAGGCCUAGAGAUUGUAUCGCCCUAUAUAUACAUCCAGAUUCUAUAUACUAAAACCCACCAUAAUUAUAGAAGCUUGAACGAAAUACCUGUGAUGGCUCGACUCCGACCAAAAGAUCUCCUUCCAUCAAAGCUCCCUAGCAAAUGGAGAUUUUGCCGUCUCCAUGCUUAUCGAUAUCACGAUGAAAAUGACCCUAAGCCCUGUAUCCCGAAUAUUAUUUAUCAAGUUGAAGGCAUGCCUUGGCCACAUGUCAUCGUCACAUGUACUGCGGAAAUUUGCGUGUCUGACGCUGAGAGUGGCCUUACUUCUUAUGAGCUAGAGUCUAUUCUGAAGGAAAUGGCACGAAGGGUACUCUAUAAGAACCUUGGGUCUUGGAGCAUUUAUCCUGUGAGUAUUUCCAUCGUAAUAAUCAACAUUGGAAACCUACCGAUUUGA